AUGGCGCACUGUAUGAUUAUAUUAAGUCACCCAGUAUGUGAAGUAGUAGGCUUCUAUGAAGCCCUAAAGGCAGUAUAUGGUCCUACUCACCACGUCCAGAGUCCUUUGCGCAGUGCAGAUGGCCAGGCGCUCUUCACAGACAAGACUUCCAUCCUGAGCCGUUGGUCCGAGCACUUUCAGGCCCUCUUCAGCGCUGACCGCGUCGUCCAGGACUCAGCAGUUCUCCGCAUUCGUCAGAAGCCAGUCAUAGAGGAAUUGGAUGAACUACCAUCUAUAGAAGAAAUUUCAAAAGCCAUAGAGCAGCUGAAGUGUGGCAAGGCAGCAGGAGUUGAUGGGAUCCCACCAGAGAUCUGGAAAGAUGGGGGACCAACACUACACAGCAAGCUCCACGAACUCCUUGUCUGUUGUUGGGAGCAGAGCAAGCUUCCAAGAGACCUCCAUGCCAAGAUCGACAGGGAAGUGGACAACAGAUUAGCCAAGGCAAACAGCGCUUUCGGCAGACUCUACAAGAGAGCCGUCUCCUCCUUCGAGGACUCCCGUAGGUCUAACCUGAAGGAGAAACGCCGCAUGAAGAAGGACCGGGAAGCCUCAGCAGCUGUACCAGACCAGACUUUUGACUGCAGUCGCUGCGGCCGGACAUGCCUGUCCCGCAUCGGUCUUGAUACGUCGGAGGUGGUGGGCAUGAUCCGCCAGGGGGACAAGAUCGGGGUCCUGAUCUACCUGCGGAAAGGCGGCGACCCCAACGCCAGGAACCAGCUGGGCAUGAACCUCCUGCACGUGGCUUGCCUCGAAGGCCAGGAGGAGGUGGUUGAGGUCCUCCUCGAUGCGGGCGCUAAGGUGAACUCCUGUACCACUGACAUGUGUACACCAUUACACCGCGCUUGUAUUUACGGUUACAAAGGCAUCGUUGAGUUGCUGUUGUCCAAGAAUGCUUAUAUCAAUGCACAGAGCGUUUCACUAAAUGCAAUAAUUCUAAAAUAUCCUAAUGGACUCAGCGUAAAAUAUGAAGGAAACAUGCGCUAUGCAGUGGAAUAUAUGAGGAUAAGUAGCCCUUCGGUGUAG